GGAAUUGGAAGUGAACGGUAAAUUGUUCUUCUCAUAUUAUGGAUGCCAUACUGUCAUUCAGCUUAUUGCUUAUACAAAACUUCAGUCAACCAGAAUUCAAGAAAUAUGACUGUAAUGUGCAAAUAUACUCAGAGAUCUUUCCAGAAACCACUAGAAGUAUGUUUGUUAUAAUGAAAGAAAUUGUAGAAAUGCCAAUAAAAAGAGAGCUCAGCAGAAACCACACCAUUGUUGCGUUGCGAUGUUCUGGAGCGCAAGGCCCCAUGAAGGUACACCUCCUUGUUUCCGAGAAGAUGCACAGAGGCAAAGCAAAAGGGACGUACCUUCUCCAGAGCCUGACACUCAAUGCGGACCCAGAGGAGGAGGACUGUGCGGCCAAGUGUUGCUUCGUAUCCGAGGAUCACAAAAGAAACUCCCAGAGGCCGGCAGAAAUUAGACUUACCGGGAAAGUGUUUCUGCCUGGGGUGCUGAAUUGUUCUAUCAGCAGCAAUCAGUCAAAGAACAGCAUCCUUGCAAGCAAAGAACAGAUCAUGAAUGAAAGCUGCACUGAACAAAUACGUGGCAAAAGCGAUCUGGAAUACAGGAGAAAGAGAAGCAUGCAUAUAAAAAUAGGCAUCCUCUGUAUUAUGUUUCCAGCGGUGCUAGGCAUUAUUGUCUUUGGUGUAUGUGAAGUUCCCUUGCCGGCUUGGUUUUCUUGUGAGAAUAAUCGCAAAGAAGGAGAAAAAUACAAAGUAGGAAAUGAGAAGAAGGAAGACUUGACUUCUGAGACACCUGGACCAUCCAAUACGGAAAUGGUUUAACAUCGAGCACUUUUUAGCAAAAAUAACCAGGAUCAAGAUCAUUUAUAUUACUUCUGAAACAAUUAAAACACAAAUAGAACAA